UACCAUUGCAGAUUUAAUCAAUACCAAUAUAUGCAAAUUAAUACCAUUACAUGAUAAUCAAUACCAAUGUGACAAAAACAAUACCAAUGCGAAAAAACACUGCCACUACGAAAAAAUCACUACCAAUGCGGAAAAAUCAAAUCUAGGAUUUUUAUUCAUCCCACCUUUUCCAGCCGCCUGUGUGAGAGAGAGAUUGCGAUGGGAGUGUAUGAAAUCUUCAAAGCAACCAUCUCAACGCUCGGCGGAAGUCUACGAUGAAAAUAUAUUGAGGGGAGAGAGAGAGGCCUUCAAAGCGAUCAUCUGAGCGCGUGAGGGAAAGGGAGGAGCUUCCCACCGAAGGGAGCUGGGAAGUAUGGGUGGCCGACAGGAGGGAUGUAGUCGAAGAUGGAUUUGGCGUUGCGGGCGGUGGUGGUUGUGGUCUUGUGGAGGAGGUUGGAAGGAGGGGAAGGUUGCGACGAAGGUGUGCGGUGAGGAGGGAGGUAGAGAGAGAAGGGAAAAUAGACGGGAUUGUGGUGGCGACGGCAGGAGAGACGACGGGAGAAGAGGGAAUAGGGAACGAUGGAACCGUUGUGACGGAGAGAGAGGAGGUAGUAGGGUUUUACCAUAAUAUAUAGAAAUUUAUAUUUUAAAUGAUUGUAAUUAAGUGUAUAUCUUUUUUGUUUACAUAAUUACUCUUAAUCUAAUCUUUACCAUACAUUUAAGAAUAGAUUAAAAUAUUAAUAAUUAAAGAUAUAGAUGUUGAUAGCCACCCUGAUUACUCAAAAUUGAAUUACCACACUAACGGUUCCCAAAAUACUCUAUCACAAAAAAAAAUCCGGUAUGACAUCAGGUACCAUUUUUCAGAACCAUGCUACUAAUCAGUAAUUAGAUUAAAUUAUUUCGACUUUUUUCCUUCUUUGGUCUUCCGCCUUCUCUCUCUCUCUCUGGCUAUCUGUCUCAGUGAAUGUGUGAGCCCGCGAUUUCCUUCUCUUCCGUACCAUCACCGAUCGCGAUCUUCACCGCCGAUCACACUUCCAGUCCUCUAUUUCGUCGGCAGGUUGGCAGCUCUCUCCUUCUAUGAUCUCCUAAUCGUUCUUGUGAUUCUCCUCCUGGCAUCGUCUGCUUCCCAGUUUCUGAUUUCUGUUCUCACUCGAAAACUAAUAUGGAAUUCAGCAAGAAUGUGGUAACUCGUAGUGGAUCCUGGAGCCCUAGGAUCCCUCUCCUGAUUGCUUGUUAUAGCAGAAUGUUUUGUUCGCUUUCGUCCAAUUAUCUUCAACUAUCUGUUUUUGGGCUCUGGUUUUCAUACAUGCCGAAGAAUGUCGACGAUUUAGGUCUAUUGUGUUGGGAUGAAUUCUUUUUGAGGAUUGAGUAGCAAUUCCUUUAACAAACUUACAACGAUGAAGUAAGAAAAUUCUGGAGAAGAAGCAAGCUUCAACGCUCCCCAAGACAACAGAGCCAUCAUUGUGGGGAGGGUAAAAAGCAUCCAACUUCGUUCCUUUCAUUCCCCUGUUUCGUCUUGGUACGAUCGCCUUGUUCAAAGUUCCAUGCUCUGUAUUGAGAUUGCGAAUUUACUAAUUGGAAGUUGAAUUUAGUGGAUUGGAACCAACUCUUUACUUUCGCAUCACCAUUGAUUGUUUGUUCCUAUGCCUACUUGGAUUCUUAUGCUGCGAUUCUUUGUCUCAUGCUUCUGUAACUUCCGCCACAGAACAUAUUCAGAUGGUAAAGAUCAAAUUGCCAGAUAUUAGUAGCUGCAGUGCCAUUAGAAGUGAGUAUAGGAUCCCUACUUAGAAGGGUCUCAUUGUGACAAAUGUACUGCUCUUCUUUACUCUUUUUCCAACUCCAUGGAGAGGAAAAAAGUUGUAUAGGUUUCCAUUUCGCUGUUGGAUAUGCUAUCAAAUCACAUUGUUUGCCUGCUGUAUGAUCUGGGUGAUUCAGAAAAGCCUCACAUAUAUCAUUUGGAGAUAUCUCCAUGCAAACGAUUUAUAAUCUGUAAAUCGGAUAUCUGCUCCUUGGUGAUUUCAACUUUAGAGUGAAGUUUUAUGCUAAGACCAUUUACAUUCUAGUUUCAGAUUUUGGUGAAAGAUGGCAGGCCAAGGCCAGCGCUUGAAUGUGGUACCUACAGUUACAAUGCUCGCAGUUAUGAAAGCUCGCCUUGUCGGUGCCACGAGAGGUCAUGCUCUUCUCAAGAAGAAGAGUGAUGCUCUAACCGUGCAGUUCCGGGCAAUACUCAAGAAUAUUGUAUCAACGAAAGAGUCAAUGGGAGACAUCAUGAAGAACUCCUCAUUUGCCCUAACUGAGGCAAAAUAUGUUGCAGGGGAGAAUAUCAAGCAUGUCGUCUUGGAGAGCGUCCAAACUGCAUCCGUUAAAGUCCGAUCACGCCAAGACAAUGUUGCUGGAGUGAAGCUGCCCAAGUUUGAGUAUUUCUCCGAGGGGGAUACCAAGAGCAAUGACCUAACCGGUUUGGCCAGAGGCGGGCAGCAGGUGCAGAAGUGCCGUGGUGCUUAUGUGAAAGCUAUUGAGGUUCUUGUUGAGCUUGCUUCGCUCCAGACAUCGUUCUUGACGCUCGAUGAGGCAAUCAAGACCACAAAUAGAAGGGUGAAUGCAUUGGAGAAUGUUGUGAAGCCAAGGAUUGAGAACACAAUCACUUACAUCAAGGGGGAGUUGGACGAGCUUGAGAGAGAAGAUUUCUUCAGGCUGAAGAAGAUACAAGGUUAUAAGAAGAGAGAGAUUGAGAGGCAGAGAGCUUCUGCGAUAGGGUUUGCUGAGGAUCAGAUUGCUGAGAAGCUGUCCUUGAGUAAAGGCAUUUCGAUGGCUUCGGCGCAGAAUAUGUUGGCUGCGGGCGCAAAGGAUGAGGAUAUAAUCUUUUGAGCUGGGAUGUUCAGCUAGUUUUAAUUUAUUGCUUCUUUACUUAGGAUUCGAGGCUGCUGCUACGACCAUGCUGCUUCGGUUUGGUGGUGUUAUUGCACAGGGAUCUUUCAGAGCAUAAGAGAUAAAUUUUGCUGAAUAAAGGUUACGUCUAUGUUUGUUUAUUUAAUGUGAUUAUUUGCUCGUACUGUUUGUCACAUUCUGAAUGUAAGAUGUAUUUCGUAAACAUAUGUUUGGCUGGUUACUUUGACCAUAUUCUAUCAGAUUAAUGCUGUUGCACAUUCAGUACCGCGGGAGGUGAAUCUGCAGGCAAAUGCUCAGAACUCUCAGACCUCUUCCCUUCCGUGGCUGGAGUGUUUGUCUGCUCAAUAUCUCCGAUUCGCAAGUUCAAGGUUUAUUGGAAAUAAAUUUGAGCUAUAAUU